UAACGCCGUCAAUCUCCCCCAUCUUCUCCGUUAUCCCACCCACCCUACACCAAACCUCCACUCUAUUUCAGCCACUUUCACCAUUUCUUCCCUUACCCCAAAUCUCCCUCUUCCACUCUCACUUCCACUCUCAACCCUAAUUUCCCCCAAACCCCAUUACUAAAAAUCCAAGAUUCUUUACAUUAAUGUCCAUUUUGGUGUAAAACACACGCAUUUUCUUGAAAAUAUGUUGAGAUUAUCUAUACUUAUCCCUUCACUUACUCUCCUAAUAUCAGUCCCAAUUCUCUUCUUAUUAGCACCCAGAAUCCUCCCUCCUCGUCAAAUCUCAAUCUCAGUACCCGACGAACUCGACGAUCUUUCCCUUUUUCACAAAGCAAUUGCCGCUGAAACCACUUUCCCUAAAAAACCUUCGCAUAAACUCCGGCUCGGAUCUACUACCGUUCGCCCACCCAAAAUUGCUUUCCUGUUUUUAACAAAUUCAGACAUAAAGUUUGCUCCUUUAUGGGAAAAAUUCUUUAAUGACAGUAUUAACCCUGUAGAUCCACAUCUGUAUAACAUUUACGUACACUCUGAUCCUUUUGUUAAAAUCUCACCUUUAUUGGGUGUUUUUAAAGAUCGGUUAAUUCCUGCAAAACAAACUCAACGUAGUUCUCCUACACUUAUAUCUGCAGAACGAAGGCUACUCGCUCACGCGCUUCUUGACGAUCCGUCGAACACGUACUUUGUUCUUCUUUCGCAACAUUGUAUCCCUUUACAUUCGUUUAGUUAUUUCUACAAAUUUUUACUUGAUACACAAAAACUGUCAAGGAAAAUGGAGUUUCCCAGUUAUAUUGAGAUUUUAGAUGAGUCUGAUUCGUUAUUGGAUAGGUAUAAUGCGAGAGGGGAGAAUGUAAUGGAACCUGAGGUGAAAUUUGAGGAGUUCAAAGUUGGGUCACAGUUUUUUGCAUUAACAAGGAAACAUUCUUUAAUGGUGAUUAAGGAUAGGAAAUUAUGGAGGAAAUUUAAGAGAAAGUGUAUUAAUGUUGAAUCUUGUUAUCCUGAGGAACAUUAUUUUCCUACUUUGUUAUCAAUGGAGGAUCCAAAGGGGUGUACUAAGUAUACAUUGACGAAUGUGAAUUGGACUGAUUCAGUUGAUGGUCAUCCACAUACUUAUUAUCCUGCUGAAGUUUCUGCACAGCUGGUUUAUGAUCUUAGGGUGUCCAAUUCCACGUAUUCUUACAUGUUUGCAAGGAAAUUUUCAGCUGAUUGCUUGAACCCUUUGAUGGAAUUGGCAGAUUCAGUCAUUUUCAAGGACUAGUUCUUUCUUUGCUCCAUUGGUGAUGAUGAAGAGGUGAAGACAAAACAAAGGCAAAACUUUGAUAAAGAAUUGGGUGUAGGUGGGAAUAAGGUUUUGAAGGGUUUGUUAAAAAACAAUAUGCCCUCAAACCAAAGUAACCCCAAAGGAAAGUAUCCAACUCAAAGCUUGAGAAGAGCUUUCAAAGAAAGCAAUGGAAAGCUAGUGUUAGUUGUAGUAGUCAAAAAGGUAUUAUUGAGGUGUAAUUUAAUGAUGUAACAUGUCUUAGUGCUAGUAGCUCCUGGAAUGGGGGUAUUUGGCGUUUUGUGUGUGUUUUUUCUUGUACAUAUUAUGCAGAGUAUAUAUGUGUUGGGUAAAUUAUGAGAGGAUUGCUCUUGUGAUUUUUCAAUCAUGUUGGGCUUAGCCUUAAAACAAAAUCAACAAAGUGCUAAUCCCCAUAUUGCUUUUUCCACUACUUGUGGAAAUGGAUCAUUGUAUCAAUCGGAAUUGCUAUCCAAUGUUAGUAAACAAUUAAGAAAAUACUUUAUGUUUGUA